AUGGAGGCCAUCACUCCAGACCAGCAAACGCUGGCCGCCGACACGGAUAACGAAACCGGGGACUACAGCUUCAAGUCGCCGCCACCACCUGUUGCCAGCAGCUCAGCAUGGCACAUGGCCUCUGAAGUACACGAGAGGAAAAAUAACGAUGAGUCAGGCGGAGAGAAGCCUCGAAGACUCGGUGUAACCUGGGACAGCCUCACAGUCAGGGGCAUCAGCAGCGACGCCACGUUCAACGAAAACGUCGUUUCUCAGCUAUAUCCCUUCCACAAGAAGAGCAAGGAUGCUCCUUUGAAAACUAUCAUACAUAACUCGCACGGUUGCGUCAAGCCCGGAGAGAUGCUCCUCGUUCUCGGACGACCUGGCUCUGGGUGCACAACGCUCCUCAUCCCGAACGUCUUGCCCCCCGGUAUCAACUCUGCCGAGGAGUAUGUUCAGGCCGAAAAAGACUUUCUUCUGCGUUCCGUCGGCAUUUCCCACACCGCCCACACAAAGGUCGGAGACGCAUUCAUGAGGGGCGUUUCUGGAGGAGAGAGAAAGCGCGUUUCGAUUCUGGAGUGCAUGACGACCCGCGCCAGCGUGUUCUGCUGGGACAACUCGACGAGAGGCCUUGAUGCUAGCACGGCGCUUGAAUGGAUUAAGGCGAUCAGGGUGCUGACCGACGUUCUUGGGCUCACCACAAUCGUCACUCUUUACCAGGCCGGAAAUGGCAUUUAUGAGCAUUUCGACAAGGUACUCGUCCUCGACGAGGGCCAACAGAUUUUCUACGGUCCCCGAGUCGACGCUGUGCCCUUCAUGGAAAGCCUCGGGUUUGUUCGAGACUCCGGCUCGAACCGCGGUGAUUUCUUGACUGGUGUGACGGUUCCUACGGAGCGCGUCAUUGCUCCUGGGUUCGAAGACAAGUUUCCUCGUACAGCCCACGACAUUCACGCUGCAUACGAGGGCUCGAGAGUGAGGUCCAAGAUGCUCGAAGAGAUUGAGACCUACCCCCAAAGCACCGAGGCUGCCGAGAACACCGCCGUCUUCAAAGAGUCUGUUGCUCGUGAGAAGCACCGCGGAGUGCCGCAAAAAUCUGCCGUCACUACCGGCCUCCUCACUCAGAUCAGGGCUGCUGUAACGAGGCAAUACCAGAUCAUGUGGGGAGACAAGGCCACCCUGAUUCUCAAGCAAGUCGCUACGGUUGUUCAGGCACUCAUCGGUGGCUCCCUCUUCUACAACGCCCCUGACAAUUCGGCCGGCCUCUUCCUUAAGGGCGGCGCCUUAUUCUUCUCCAUCUUGUAUAACGCCCUCAUUGCACUCUCAGAGGUCACCGACUCGUUCACGGGCAGGCCCAUCCUCGCCAAGCAUCGCUCUUUCGCCCUGUAUCACCCGGCAGCUGUCGUUCUCGCACAGAUCGCAGCCGACUUCCCCAUUCUUCUCUUCCAGAUUGAUUGCGUCGGCCCCUACAUCAUUCCGAGCGGUCCUGGCUACACAGACGGCCGAGGAGGACAAUCCUGCACCAGAGUGGGCGGUGCUGUGCCUGGUGACACCUCCGUCACGGGUGAUGCCUAUCUCGCCCACAUGUCGUUCAGCCAUAGCCACGUCUGGCGCAACUUUGGUAUCGUUAUUGCAUGGUGGGUGUUGUUCGUUGCCGCCACCAUCUUUUUCACAAACAGGUGGAAGCAAAUGGGCGAGGGUGGACGCAGCCUUUUGAUUCCUCGUGAGCAGCAACACAAGUCUAAGCAUCUUUUGGAAGGCGCCUCAGACGCUGAGGGCGGAGCCAAGGAGAAGACCUCACCCAAGUCCGGUGCUGAGUCGCCAUCUGGCAGUGUGGGCAAGGAGCUCAUCCGCAAUGAGAGCAUCUUCACUUGGAAGAAUCUUACCUACACCGUCAAGACCAGCGAUGGUGAUCGUGUCCUCCUCGACAAUGUGCAAGGAUAUGUCAAGCCUGGUAUGCUCGGAGCCCUGAUGGGCUCUUCUGGUGCCGGCAAGACGACACUUCUCGACGUCCUUGCGCAGCGCAAGACUGAGGGAACGAUCCACGGCUCUGUUUUGGUCGAUGGCCGCCCGAUUCCCAUCUCUUUCCAGCGCUCCGCGGGUUAUGUCGAACAGCUCGAUAUUCACGAGUCGUUGGCCACUGUCCGCGAGGCCCUUGAGUUCUCGGCUCUCUUGCGCCAGUCCCGCUACACGCCCGACGAGGAGAAGCUGAGAUACGUUGACACGAUUAUUGACCUGCUGGAACUGAGGGACCUCGAGCACACGCUGGUCGGCCGCCCUGGCGCAGGCCUCUCGGUCGAACAGCGCAAACGCCUCACUAUUGCCGUCGAGCUCGUGUCAAAGCCUAGUAUCCUGAUCUUCCUUGACGAACCCACCUCUGGUCUCGAUGGCCAGGCUGCAUACAACACCAUCCGCUUUCUCCGCAAGCUCGCCGCGGCCGGCCAGGCUAUCUUGGUCACCAUCCAUCAGCCAUCCGCCCAGCUCUUCACACAGUUCGAUACGCUCCUGCUCCUCGCCAAGGGGGGUAAGACGGUGUACUUUGGUGAUAUCGGCGAAAACGCCAGCACCGUCAAGUCCUAUUUCUCCCGGUUCGGAGCGCACUGCCCGCCCGAUGCUAACCCGGCCGAGCACAUUGUCGACGUCGUUUCUAGCACGCCGAGCUCUGGUGUCGUCCAAGACUGGAACAAGCACUGGCUCGAGUCGCCCGAGCACGACGCCCUCUCGGUGGAGAUCGACAGGAUGGUCGAGGACGCGGCGGCUCGGCCUACGGGGACCGUCGACGACGGCCACGAGUUUGCGGCGUCUAUGUGGACGCAGACCAAGCUCGUCACGCAGCGCAUGAACAUCUCGCUCUUCCGUAACAUUGACUACCUCGACAACAAAUUCGCCAUGCACAUCAGUCUCGCUCUCCUCAACGGCUUUACCUUCUGGUCCAUCGGCGACAGCCUCACGGACCUGCAGCAGAACCUCUUCACCAUCUUCAACUUCAUCUUCGUGGCCCCCGGUGUCAUCUCGCAGCUGCAACCCCUCUUCAUCGACCGCCGCGACAUUUACGAGGCGCGCGAGAAGAAAGAGCAAGAUGUACCACUGGGCGCCGUUCGUCACCGGCCUCAUCGUCUCCGAGUUUCCCUACCUGCUCAUCUGCGCUCUGCUCUACUACGUCUGCUGAUUCUGUACGAGCUGCUCUACACCGGCAUCGGCCAGGCCAUCGCCGCCUACGCGCCGAACGCCGUCUUCGCCUCGCUCGUCAACCCGCUCGUCAUCACCACGCUCGUGUCCUUCUGCGGCGUCAUGGUGCCCUACAGCCAGAUUGAAGACUUCUGGAAAUACUGGUACGUCCCGAACAACCCCAAGCUCUCGCUGCAUCCUUCCGCAGGUAGGCUAAUCCCCGCGCGUGCGCGUGACAGGAUGUACUACCUCGAUCCCUACAACUACCUCAUGAGCUCGCUCCUCGUCUUCACGACCUGGGACAAGCCCGUGCGGUGCCGCCCCUCGGAGCUCGCCGUCUUCGACCCGCCCGCCAACGAGACGUGCGGCGAGUACCUCGCCGCCUUCCAGCAGACCGCCAUGGGCCGUGGCGCGAACCUGCUCAACCCGGACGCGACGGCCGGCUGCGAGGUGUGUCAGUACACCGAGGGCGGCGACUAUUUGCGCACGCUCAACCUGGAAGAGAAGUACUUUGGCUGGAGAAAUGCCGCCAUCGUCGUCAUCUUUUGCAUUGGCUUCUACGCCCUCGUCUAUAUCAUGAUGAAGCUGCGGACCAAGGCGACGAAGAAGGCCGACGGCAAGAAGUAG